AUGGGGUCAUAUUUUUCUCCUCUGCUCUUUGUUGCAAUCAUCCUGGGGCUGCAGUGGCCCCGGGGGGCAGCAGCUUUCCCUGCCAUGCCCCUCUCCAGUCUGUUUGCCAAUGCCGUGCUGAGGGCCCAGCACCUCCACCUGCUGGCUGCUGACACAUACAAAGAGUUUGAACGGACCUAUAUUCCAGAGGAGCAGAGGCAUUCCAACAAAAUUUCCCAAUCAGCAUUUUGUUAUUCAGAAACCAUUCCUGCUCCCACAGGAAAAGAUGAUGCCCAGCAGAAAUCAGACAUGGAGCUGCUUCGGUUUUCACUGAUUCUCAUUCAGUCCUGGUUAAACCCAGUGCAGUUCCUAAGCAGGGUGUUCACCAACAGCCUUGUGUUUGGCACCUCAGACAGAGUCUACGAAAAACUGAGGGACUUAGAAGAAGGUAUCCAGGCUCUGAUGAGGGAGCUGGAAGAUGGAAGCCUCCGGGGAUUUCAAGUCCUCAGACCCACUUAUGACAAAUUUGACAUCAAUCUCCGGAACGAAGACGCCUUGUUAAAAAACUACGGCCUGUUGUCCUGCUUCAAGAAAGACCUGCACAAGGUGGAGACCUACCUGAAACUGAUGAAGUGCAGGCGCUUCGGAGAGAGCAACUGCACCAUUUGAUGGCAGAAACACUGUUCUUUUAUCCCAGUACACAACGAGGUUAGCGUGCUCCUGCCUGUGUGACCCCCUUUGUUAAGAGAACCUCAGAGGCUGAUGUGCCUGUGAGUAAACCUAGUCUCCCGCUAGCUGUGGUGUCUUGGAGGGGCUGCAUAAUGAUGCUCCUCCAUCUUUGUAAAGAAAAUCCUUUUCGCCUACAGAGAAUAAACGAGCUAGAAGCCCAGCAUUGUGCCGCAGCAUCUCAUUGGGCGGGGCGCUUGCUUCCCCUGGCUUCGUGCAGAGGAGCCGUCUGAGGACCCAUGGCCCGCGGGACAGCA